UUCUUUUUUGGUUUCUUUUAGGAUCGCCAUGAAACAUAUGCAUUCAUGAUUAGUUUCUGUCAGCAUCUAUUCUUAUUGGCAAGACAUUGGUGGAAGUGUCCUUUGGAGUUUUCACGUAUUGGUGUGACUCUUGUUAAAAAUAUGUCAACCGAACAACUUAAAAAGGAAGCAGCAGCAAACGCCAAAUUGCCUCCUGUGUUUAGCAAGGGUCCUUCUAAAGGUACUUAUAGUCCCAAGUUGUUGGAUGCUUUGCGUCGUUUGGAUCAGUGGAUCGACUGGGAAAGAAGAGACCGCAUAGUUGGAACACAAAGACAAAUGAGAGUGAAUACGGGUCCUAUUAUGGACCUUUUAGAACGAUUGGGAAACCCACAUACUCGUUUUCAAACAGUUCAUAUAACAGGUUCAAAGGGAAAAGGCUCCGUCACCAGUUAUGUGUCAGCCGCACUCUUUUAUGGUGCUGGAUUUUCUACUGGAUGGUAUUCCUCACCUCAUGUAGAAAGAAUCAAUGAGAGAAUAGGCAUCAAUGAUAGUUAUAUUGAAGACGAUGAGUUGGCCUUUUGUCUCAACCAAGUAUUGUCCGUUCGUGAGGAGUCAGUUACGGCACAGUCUUUCGGAAAGGAUUCCACUUGGUUUGAUUUGGUCACUGCAGCUGCUUUUUUGGCUUUCGCUAGAGCAAAAGUUGAAUGGGCUGUAGUGGAGUGUGGCUUGGGAGGAAAGUUAGAUUCUACCAAUGUACUCAAGUCAAAGAUAACUGUGCUGACCAACGUAGAGUUGGAACAUGCAGAAAUAAUUGGACCUACGAGAAAAGAUAUAGCAAGAGAGAAGGCGGGCAUUGCCUAUCAAGGCUCUGUACUGAUUACGGGUACGAAUAGCAAAGAUGAAGCUGGUCAAGUUAUCGAUGAAAUAGCUCAACAAGUUGGCUUUCGAGUUAUUCGUCCUUUUGAAGAACUGUUGCAGUUGGAGAACGAUAGCUUACCUUUAUUCUCCAUCAUAGAAGUGCAGAAUCGAUGUAUUGCCAAGGAGGUUUUGAAACAGAUUGGCCUUAUAGGUUAUAGGAGCAAAAUAGAUUCCAAAGUUAUAGAUGAGAAGCUGUUAGAUAGAAAAGAUGUUUGGAAAGGCGCCAAGAAGAGAUUACCAGCUCGCAUGGAAUGCUUUAAGCUUUCGAAUUCCCUUGAGGUUAUCAUAGAUGGUGCACAUGUUCCCAGUAGUGUUGGAUUGGUGAUGAAAGAGAUUACUCAUCAUCCUAUUUGGAAACACAAAAGAAUAGAUGUGAUACUUGGAAUGGGUCGCGAUAAACAUGUAGAAGAAAUAUUAGAUGAGUUGGUACCAUUUGUAUCUCAUCUUUACUGUACAUGUGUUGGUCAUGAAGGACCUUAUCUUGGAGCAGAACAGUUGGGUGAAUAUGCCAAACAAAAGUCGUUUCAAAGUAUCCGCAUUCACCCGCACUGUGUGGAUACGUUGCAUAUGGCUAUCGAAUUGAUUGAAAAAGAGAAUGCUUGUGAAGAUAGUGUUUUGUUGGUUAUUGGUUCUUUACAUUUAGCAGGAGCUUUGCGUCCCAUCGUUACAAGUUUGGCUCGUCAAGAAUGAGAUAAUCUAGGAUGACUCUUUUAUU